CGCAACUUCAACCUCCACGGCACGAUCAACAUCGGACAACCUCAACAUCGCCGCCCUCCCAAUUACCGCCAAAAUGAAGCUCCUCUACCCCAACACCCUCAAGCUCAACAUCCCGGCGAUAUCAGGUUUCCCAACCGUGACGCUACACGCCUACGACGCCAAGGCCGACACGAUCCCCUCGGACUUGCACGAUGCCGAGAUCCUCGUGACCUGGUGCAACAGCCCCGCAAACCUCACCUUCGCCGCACAAAACCUACGCCAGCUGAAAUGGAUCCAAUCCCUGGCCGCGGGCCCCAACGACGUGCUCACCGCGGGGUUCGACACCUCCCGCGUCGCCGUGACCACGGGCUCGGGCCUGCACGACCGCACCGUGGCUGAGCACACCCUGGGCCUGCUCCUCAACGCCGCGCGGCGCUUCUACGAGAUGCGGGACUACCAGCUGCAGGGGAAGUGGCCCGGCCACCUGGGCGGGCCGCAACCCGAUCGUGAAGCGGGCACGUUCCGUACGCUGCGGGACGCGCGGGUGCUGAUCUGGGGGUUUGGGAAUAUUGCCAAGUGCCUGACGCCGCAUCUUGUUGCGCUGGGUGCUACGGUGCGCGGUGUCGCGAGGCAUGCGGGUGUGAGGGGCGGUGUGGAGGUGUUUGGCGAGGAUAAGCUGCCUGAGCUGCUCCCGCAGACGGAUGCGCUGGUCAUGAUCUUGCCCGGGGAUGCGAGUACCAGGCAUGCGCUGAAUAAAGAGCGGUUGGGGCUGCUGCCGAAGCAUGCGUGGGUGGUUAAUGUUGGGAGGGGCAUGUCGGUGGAUGAGGAUGCUUUGUUUGAGGCGUUGGAGAAGGGGGAGAUUGGCGGUGCUGCGCUGGAUGUGUUCGACCAGGAGCCGCUGCCGGAAGGGAACAAGUUGUAUAAGGCGAAGAAUCUGGUUCUGUCGCCCCAUGCGGCUGGUGGCAGACCGCAAGGUUCCGAGGAACUUAUUGUGGACAACUUGAGGAGGUUCUUGGCCGGGCAGGAGAUGCGGAACCAGAUGAGUGUAUCGGCACGUCUUUGAGAAGGUAGGACGGCCCCUGGUGCAGGGAAGGAGGAGUCGUGUGGAGGUGUGGUAUGCCAUGCAAGUAUAUAGCGGCUCGUUGAUCUCCGGUGUACCAGUGGACCUUUGCUCAAGUAGGUUAAUGCGUUGUUUCCUGCGGUGUAACCCGAGGUUAGGUGACACAACUUGAUGAGGAGUGGAGGCUUUGCCCACCCCCACUAUACAGAAGUGGCAUCCCCGCAAUGUCGGUUGGUGGCUACUCCCAC